UAAAAGAAAACAACUCAGUGCUGUUCUUUGUUCUUCUUUUAACAAAGAAAUGUUGUCAAGUUCUGAUAAAACUGGCGCUUUAGCAGCAUCCACACUAAUUUCUUCCGCCAUAAUUGCACCAGUCUCUUAUUGCUGCCUGCAUACGUCACCACUCUGCCCCGCCCGAAAGUACCACCCCUUGUUGCUGAUUGGUACUGUCACUUUCUAACUGGGCCCAAACAGUUCAGAUUGGAGCUUUGCAAGAUGGAUUCGCCAGUGAGAAACACCAAAACAGGCGUAUCCAUCUGCUUUGCAAGGUUAGUGAUAAUCAUAUUUUCCAUUUAACCUUAACAAUAACCAAUAUUAUCAAAGCAACAAAAAAGGAAUUUUACUUAUUCUGUUGAACAACAUAGCCUUUUUUAAAAUGUAGACCCCCUUCCUGUGUCAGGAUGCUGACAAAUAAAGAGCAGACUGAGAAAAUGUUAACAGGAAAUAACAAAAUUCUAAAAACAGAAGGGAAAAAAGCAAAAAAUGGUUAAAAGUGGCAUAAAGAAGUUGCAAACAUGGCUGAAAGGCAGCAAUAAAGUAGGAAAAAGGGUGAACAUCAACAAAAAUUAGUUAAUAGUGGCAAAAAUGUGCUAAAACAUGCAAAAAUAGGAUAAAGUGCCAAAGAGAAGUGGCAAAAAUUUUGAAAAAUGGCAAACUAGGACAAAAUACUAUAAAGAAGAGGCAGCAAUUUGUUAAUAGUGGCCAAAAUGUCAAAUUUAUGGGCAUAGAGUGGCAAAACAUGUUGGUUGAAAGUGGCAAAAAUUGGACUCAAGUGCCAAAAAUUGGUGAACUUGGCAAAAACACUGGCAUAAAGAGGCAAAAAAUAAGUUGAAGGUGGCAAAAAAUGGUAAGAAAGUGGCAAGAGAUGGCAACAAACAGCAAAAAUUACUUAAAAGUGGCAAGAAGAAGUUAGGGUAAUGGAUGGCAAUAAAAAAAUGGGUAAAAAAGUGGCACAAAUGUGCAACCAACAAAAAAAGGUGUCAAAAAGUUGUAAAAUGUGGCAAAAACCUAUUACUAAUGGGCAUAAAGGGGCAAAAAUGUGUGAAAAGUGGGAAGAAAGGGUCAAUAACUGAAAACUUAGGUUAAAAGUGCCAAAUAAGUGGUAAAUGGAUAUGACAAAAAAAUUAAAAUUAAAAUUGGCAAUAACAGUUUCAGAAAGGGUGUAAAGUGGUAAAAUUGGGGUAGCUUAACACACUCAUUCACAAAAUAAGCCAACUGUUGGCCAGAAUGCUAGCACCACUGCUAUUGAUCCAACACAAAGCUAACGUGAUACUAUCAGUAAUUCACAGCUGGGAAGGUUCAUUCUCUUGGGUUUUUAGAGGCCCAGCCAAUCCUGUUGGCAGCCCUGGCAGUGGUUGUAUUUUUAGGUGAACUUUUUGAUCAAACACACAUUUACCUCAAAUGUUCUGCUGGAUAUUUCAGUCUUUUUUUCUUUCAGGUAAAAAUUGACAGAGCAUGCAACGUAGCACUUGUCUGUACUUGAGAGCUGAGGGUGCAUGUGUCUUUCAUUACCGGUAAUGGGUGAGGCCACACCUUAAUGACGGAUUUGUGAACAGUUUGAAGACACCUGGCUUCUCUUUCUCUGGUUCAUGUGGCUGCUUGCCAUUGGUUGUAGUUGAUACAGGUGUGGCCACUCUGUCAGCCAUGAUGGAGACCUGGUCAACACGUGUUACCUUUUGAAUGAUUUUGGCCAUUAUAAGGAAGGCUUUUUCAGUAUUUUCUGUCUCUUUUCAUGAUUAGAGCAGCUUCCCCCUUUAUAUUAGUCAAAAUAGUGUUCCCCUGUUUUCCAAGAGCACCAAGUUUUAUUUUAUUUUGUGUCUCUUAAUGCAUUUAGACUAUACAUCUUGUAUUGUUUGCUGUGUUUGGCUGCUCUUUGUCUGAAACUCUGUUUACUGCUGCUGUCUUGGCCACUGGACACUUGGACACUGUUAAAAAGAGAAUUUUUACUCUCAAUAAGUUCUUGUUGAAAUAAAGGUAAUAAAUAAAACGUUGCCUCCACUUGAGUCACAUUGAACAGCCAGUUCUCCCCCUUUGUCUCUAUAAUAGAGAGCUUUCCUCCCCGUGCCAUGCCUCAGCAUGCCAUCUUUCUGCGUGUUAACAGUAUUGGCUCACAUCCACAGGUAUGUGGUGUGAUGCUGAGCAGCGCCCUCUGCACUGCUCGACUACACUUCAGCAGCAGCAGCAGUAGCGUCUCUCCUGUCAACACCGGGACUCCCUGUCCUCCAAGGCAGUAUUUAUAGCAAUAAACAGACACAUACAAAGAGCGACGACCUGCUGACAAAAUGGUGCACUUCACUGUGGAUCAGAUCCGCUCCAUCAUGGACAAGAAGUCCAACAUCAGGAACAUGUCUGUGAUUGCCCAUGUGGAUCAUGGGAAGUCCACUCUGACGGACUCACUGGUGUCCAAGGCAGGGCUCAUUGCUUCAGGCUGCGCUGGAGAGGCCCGAUUCACAGACACACGCAAAGAUGAGCAGGAGCGCUGCAUCACCAUCAAAUCAACGGCCAUCUCUAUGUACUAUGAGCUCGGGGAUAAUGACCUAGCAUUUAUUAAGCAGUGUAAAGAUGGAAACGGCUUCCUCAUCAACCUCAUUGAUUCUCCAGGUCACGUUGACUUCUCCUCUGAGGUCACUGCUGCCCUCAGGGUGACUGAUGGAGCCCUGGUGGUGGUCGACUGUGUCUCAGGUGUGUGUGUACAGACAGAGACGGUACUACGGCAGGCCAUAGCUGAGCGCAUCAAGCCGGUUCUGAUGAUGAACAAGAUGGACCGGGCCCUUCUUGAGCUGCAGCUAGAGCCAGAUGAGCUCUACCAGACCUUUCAGCGCAUCGUGGAGAACGUCAACGUCAUUAUCUCUACCUAUGGAGAGGAUGAGUGCGGCCCUAUGGGGAACAUCAUGAUUGACCCUGUAGUUGGUACAGUUGGGUUUGGCUCUGGUCUCCAUGGCUGGGCUUUCACCUUGAAGCAGUUUGCUGAGAUGUAUGUGGCAAAGUUCACCAAAGAUCCUAACUGCCAACAAAAACAAAUGUCACCCGAUGAUAGGUGUAAAAAGGUCACGGACAUGAUGAAGAAACUGUGGGGAGACAGAUAUUUUGACCCAAAAGCUGGUAAGUUCUCUAAGACUGCUACGGGCCCAGAGGGUCAGAAGCUUCCUCGCACAUUCUGCCAGCUUGUUUUGGACCCCAUCUUUAAGGUGUUUGAUGCCAUCAUGAAUUUCAAGAAGGACGAGACAGCCAAACUCAUUGAAAAGCUUGAUGUCAAACUGGAUGCAGAGGACAAGGAGAAGGAGGGUAAGCCCCUGCUGAAGGCCGUGAUGCGCCGCUGGCUGCCUGCUGGAGAUGCUCUCCUCCAAAUGAUCACUAUCCACCUGCCAUCCCCCGUCACCGCACAGAAAUACCGCUGUGAACUGCUCUAUGAAGGGCCAGGGGAUGAUGACGCUGCAAUGGGUAUCAAAAAUUGUGAUCCAAAAGCUCCUCUGAUGAUGUACAUUUCAAAGAUGGUCCCCACCAGUGACAAAGGUCGUUUCUAUGCUUUCGGACGUGUCUUCUCCGGUGUUGUGUCCACUGGUCUGAAGGUGCGCAUCAUGGGGCCAAACUUCACCCCUGGCAAGAAGGAGGAUCUCUACCUUAAACCAAUCCAAAGGACUAUACUGAUGAUGGGCCGGUAUGUGGAGCCAAUUGAAGAUGUUCCAUGUGGCAACAUCGUAGGUCUUGUUGGAGUAGACCAGUUCCUAGUUAAGACAGGAACCAUCACCACCUUUGAACAGGCCCACAACAUGAGAGUGAUGAAGUUCAGUGUCAGUCCUGUGGUUAGAGUCGCUGUGGGGGCCAAGAACCCAGCUGACCUGCCCAAGCUGGUUGAGGGUCUGAAGCGUCUUUCCAAGUCUGACCCCAUGGUGCAAUGCAUCAUUGAGGAAUCUGGGGAGCAUAUCAUCGCCGGAGCGGGAGAGCUCCACCUGGAGAUCUGCCUCAAGGAUUUGGAGGAAGACCACGCCUGCAUUUCACUGAAGAAAUCAGACCCAGUUGUGUCUUACAGAGAGACAGUGAAUGAGGAAUCAGACCAGAUGUGUCUGUCCAAGUCCCCCAAUAAGCACAAUCGUCUCUUCAUGAAGUGCCGUCCGUUCCCUGACGGUCUGGCUGAUCAAAUCGAUGCUGGGAAAAUCUGUGCUCGGCAAGAGGUAAAAGUUCGCACUCGUGCACUUGUCGAACAAUAUGAAUGGGACGUGGGAGAAGCCAGGAAGAUCUGGUGCUUUGGACCAGAGGGCACAGGGCCCAACCUGCUGAUUGACGUGACUAAGGGAGUUCAGUACCUGAAUGAAAUCAAAGACAGUGUGGUGGCUGGCUUCCAGUGGGCGACCAAAGAGGGGGUUCUCUGUGAGGAAAAUAUGCGUGCCAUUCGCUUUGACAUUCAUGAUGUGACACUGCACACUGAUGCCAUCCAUCGUGGUGGAGGACAGAUAAUCCCCACAGCCCGCAGAGUUCUUUACGCCUGCCAGCUCACUGCUCAGCCACGACUCAUGGAGCCUGUCUACCUGGUGGAGAUUCAGUGCCCAGAGCAGGUGGUUGGCGGGAUCUAUGGUGUGCUGAACAGGAAACGAGGCCACGUGUUUGAGGAGUCCCAGUUGAUGGGCACUCCCAUGUUCAUGGUGAAAGCCUACCUCCCCGUCAACGAGUCCUUCGGAUUCACAGCUGACCUUCGUAGUAACACUGGAGGCCAGGCCUUCCCUCAGUGUGUAUUUGAUCACUGGCAGAUCCUCCCGGGUGACCCCAACGAUGCCUCAACCAAAGCCGCCCAGGUUGUCGCCGAAACUAGGAAACGCAAAGGUCUUAAAGAGGGCAUUCCCUGCCUUGACAACUAUUUGGACAAACUUUAAAAAAAAGAAUUAAAAAUGACCAAGAUGAUAAAAUACCAAAUCAAUCUCCAAACCCUUCCCCAUGGGAACUUUAAUAUCUUUGCACAGGCUUAAAGAUGCAUUCCACAAAUUGUUUUGACUUUGAGUCCAGAGCAGAAACAAAGCUGAAACCUUUGUUGUAAGCUAGUGGAAGCAACAAUGCUUUUUCAUUUCACAGCUAUAGUACACUGUGGGCCAGAUCUACUAAGAUCCCAAUUUGCGUGUGUUAAUUUGCGUGCGCAAUCUAGAAUUUUGCGUUUGGGGCUGAACCGCGGUUGGCGGGUGAUUUACUAAGAGUGACUGCGUAAAUGACAAGAGGUGCAAACGUGUUGGAGACACACCUGUUUAAAUGAGGGUUUUGCGUGUUUCAUGGUUUGCAGCCUAGCGAGUUUGAAGAGCCGAACGCGCUAAACGAAAUUCAAUCCUACAGAAUUAGAGGUGAUGUGGAUAAAGCCAAUAUACACUUAAAUGAGCUACAGCAAAAAAAAAAAAAAAAAAGCCCUGUUUGGUCUCAUUCAAGGAGUCCUGAGCGCGUGGAAACCUGAUAAACGCGGCCAUCCGCGCGAGUUUUGUCAUUUAAAGUUGUAACACUUAACUUUUCUCAAGCUAGCGUUAGACACACAAGGGGGGACUUUUAAGGAAAAUAGAAAACCUUUUAAAGUAAAGAAUAUAUCAAAAUGCAAUGAACAACCAUCCUGAAUAAACACAAUCAACAAAGCGCUCCAGAGACCGGAAUAAAGUCAAACCGUUAUUACACCACCAGCAGAACGAAUGUCCACGUCGCGCGUAACGUUAAAUCAAAAGUAGGUCACAACAAAAAUAAUGAUUUGAUCACAGUCUUUAUAGAUUCAAAAUAAACUUAAAGUCCCAAUCUAACGAAAAAAAAGCCAACCUUGUCCCUCUCCAAGCACUUUUAAGUGUCUUUUAAGUCUUUUAAAGUGAUGCACGUCAACUCAAUAUGGUCUAUAAUCCACAAGGAAAUGAAGGAAAAACACGAUAAACCCCCCCAAAAAAACAAAAAUAUGCGAUCGAUCGCAAAUUACUGGUAUACCAGGUAAAAAGUAACAAAAAAUAGACGAUCUCACCAAGGUCCACAGCAUAAUCCACUAGGGAAGUAAUCCUGUUCCUGCUCCCUGACGCACGCUCCAGCCUCCACGCAGAGAAUCCAACCGUCACACUAUUUACUGUCCUCUAUCGUAACUGCCGCUUACUUUUACUUUACAGUCUUGUUUUCAACGUGUUCAGCUUGUUUCUUUUUAUUUUAUUUUAUUUUCAGUCCCUAAUUUCCUAGGUCUGCCUGCUCCGUUUCCCGGUUCUCUCCUUCUCCGCCUCGUCCUCCACCUCCUUAUAGUAUCUCGCCUUGUUUUAUACUUUUUUUUUAACCACAUAUCAAUACACAAAAAUGACAUCAACAUACCAGAAUGACAGCGGGUACCCACAUAUCAUACCAUUAAAUAUACAGGAAAUAUAUGUUUUUAACUGUACAAAGAAAACCUGCAGUUUUACAUCAUUUCAUUCAUUACCAUAAGUUCAAAUUAAACUAAUUUUAAUUUACUUUUUUGGUGACACUGUCGCAAGGUAUUGCGUGACUCCUUCUCAUGGCUGGCUCCAAAUCUGCUCUGAGUUCUUCCAACAGCUCAAGAAUGGCAAGGCUGGAUAGGCGAUAUGUUUUAAUGACUGUUUUCUCAUUCAUUCUAAAAAUGUUCACACGAGGGUGAAAAAAAGUGUUCUCUGCGUCUUCUUUCAUCGUUUCAGUGUCUCCUUCUUGCUACGCGUGCGCAAUUACGCAUACAAACAGUUUACACAUCCCUCUGAGACGUGUUAAAUAUAGACGCAGUUUCUAUGAGCAAAUUGCUUUCAGGUUUGAUAAAUCGCUUUGCGUGCGCUAAAAUAAUAUAUUUACAUUUUCUCCUCCCAGUACACGCACGAUUGCGUGUUAACGCCCCAUAUUGCAUAUUCAUUGCAGGGAACGUACUAACUGGAUGUAGACGCGCUAUUUUGCACCUUUGAAAGACGCAACCCUUAGCGCACACUGUUAGUAAAUCAGUUUGUACAUUUUUUUUUUUUUUCUUUGCGUGUGCAAUGAGUUUGCACAUGUUUUAAUACACGCAAACCUUUAGUAGAUCUGGCCCUAAGUGCCUAGGGUGAGGGCUUUGGGGAGCAAUCAAAUCAAAGUUUUUCUUGUUUCUUCUAUUUUUCCACAUCAACCCACUCAUCUGUCAGGAUGGGCAUAUACAGUGCACUGUGAUACUGCUGCUGCAAUAAUGCACAUAUAAAGGGACCGUGGUCAGAUUAAACCAUGGAAACCUCAAAAAAAGUGUUGCAGAAGUCAAAGUCUGGGUUGGACCUCUGUUCAGUGGCUUUAAUUAAUAAAACACAUUCAGUUCAUGAUGAAAAUGUGACUCUGUACUUCUCUUGUGGCUUAUAGGAAUAAUUCCUCACUCAUUCACUCCCCCUUGCUUAUUUUGUGAAUACAGAUUAAGGACUUGCUCAGGUGACAGCCAGGAGCUAGUUAGCUUGGCACAUCCAUAACAAAGAAUGUAUUCUUCCUUAUUCGUCCGUGGGAAAGACUGCUAACACUGUGUAACUGUUUUGAAAUCUGUCUACCCAUGACUCUGGAGCACACCAGUAAUAGCCAUAUAUUCAGUUUUAGUCCUUUAUUCUGGACUAAUGUGUAAUUGCAGAAAGAAUAUUACUUUUAUUUUUAGCAAAAACUAAGGAAGUCUCAGCAAUUAAAAAUCCAAAGAUCCCCAAGUUUGAGUUC